GCCAACAUACGUGACCGUAAUAGAACCAACUGCUUCUACGAGUAUAAACCCAUUUUUCUCGUGUAUUAUUCAACGUAAACGUUAAAAAUUGCAAUGUUACAUCGUUUUUUAAUUAUUAAAUUUUAUAAUUUGAACUUUUUUAAUAAAUUUCUUCGAUUUUUCUUCGUUUCUAUUUGGAUUGUAAGGGAGUUUGACAAGUAGGCAACAUCGCAAACCACUUCAUUUGUGUUAUUCAGUUCCUAGUUUUAUUUCAGCAAGCAAGAUUAGUUUAGACAAGAAUAUUGGGUUAGUUCAAGUUUGGUCGCGACCGGUAUGACCUCGUAAAACUUUAUUUUAGUUCCAGUGUGUUUAUUUUAUAGUGUGUGAUUAGUGCAAAGUGCAAUGUACUCGAUAUUAAUGUAGGAUAUGGCCGAACAGCAUCGCGACCCACCUGAAAUCGAGUUGGAACAGCAAAUUCAGCUGAUCAAAAAACAACAACAACUCCAACAUCAGAUUUUAUUGCAACAGUUCCAGCGCGAACAGCAACAUUUAGCUGAACAACACGAACAACAAUUACGUCAGCAUUUGGAGCAAUUUUGGGAGAGACAAAAUCAUUUGAAGGAGCUGAGACAACGGGAGCAGCUGGAAGUGCUGCGAAAAAAGGAAAAACAUGAGGAGAGUGCGGUGGCUAGUACGGAAGUUAAACAAAAACUACAGUCGUUUUUACGACAAAGGGCUUCGGGAGUUAAAGGGUCUAGACCAGAAAACUCUUGUUGGUCCGAAGGUAUGGACACCGGCUCCGAUUCCUCAACGAUAAACAACGAUUUUCCAUUACGAAAAACAGCCUCCGAACCGAACCUUCUGAAGGUGCGUCUCAAACAACGCGUAAUGAAAAGAAUGCCGCCCUCGGUGAAGAAAAGACUCCUCUGUUCGCGCCUACCCCCGAGCGAAUCGCCGCCACAAGAACCGCCCAAGGAGCUCAGCCCCCCCUGCGAAUCCGAAGAGUAUCAAAGACACGCGCUAUUCAGCAGCCCCUCAAUGCCCAACAUCUCCCUAGCGGCCCACCACGUCCUCUCGCCCGAUCUCUCGGAGGCCGCCGUCCGGGCGGCCUGCACCGCCAGACUGGGUAUGCCUCUAACCGGUCAAAUGCUACCCGGCACUUUACCUUUCUACCCUUCGUUACCAGCCAUCGAAAGCGAACACGAGGAUCAACCUCUGGAUACAAUUAGCGAACUACAAGAACCUCAAUCUAGGGGCGUUAUCAGGCCCUUGGGUAGGACGCAAUCGUCGCCGUUGCCUUUAGGUCAUCCUUUGUUAGCCGGACCACCGCCUCCCGAUCUCCCGCCGCCUCAACCGCCGUUACCACCCACCGAAGAGCAGGAGCAGAGAGAUCUAGAACUGAGGGCGAAUGAGUCCAGAAGUAUACGGCCGUUAUCUAGAGCCUUAAGUUCCCCCGUAGUACACCUAGGACCUCCGGGAGAAGGUCCUACGUUAUCCAGACGGAGAGCUUCGUCUACUCCAACUACUGGUCUUGCUUACGAUAACCAAAUGCUCAGACAUGCUUGCGUAUGCGGCAACAACGCCAUCCAUCCAGAACACGCUGGAAGGUUACAAAGUAUUUGGUCCAGGUUACUCGAAACUGGAUUAGUAUCAAGGUGUGAUAAGUUGCGGCCUAGGAAGGCGUCGCCUCAAGAAUUACAGACUUGUCAUUCGGAAUCUCACGUUUUAUUAUACGGAACUAGUUCUUUGAAUAGGCAUAAAACGGAUUUAACUAAAUUGAAUAAUUUACCAGUUACAGCUUUCGUUAGGCUUUCAUGCGGAGGGAUAGGGGUGGAUUCCGAUACGACAUGGAACGACAUACACACACCACCCGCAGCAAGGAUGGCUGUAGGUUGUACGAUCGAUUUAGCGGUACGUACCUGGACUGGAGAUAUAAGGAACGGUUUCGCUAUAGUUAGACCUCCGGGUCAUCAUGCGGAACCGCAACAAGCUAUGGGUUUCUGUUAUUUUAAUUCGAUAGCCAUAGCAGCAAGAAUCCUCCAACGCGAACAUCGGGUCCACAAGAUACUCAUCGUCGAUUGGGACGUCCAUCACGGUAACGGUACUCAAGAAAUUUUUUACGACGAUCCUAGAGUGCUGGUCAUAUCGAUGCACCGGCACGACGACGGUAACUUUUUCCCCGGCACGGGUGGGGUUACCGAAUGUGGAACCGGCGCCGGGGUCGGAUUCAAUGUGAAUAUAGCAUGGUCCGGUGGAUUGAAUCCGUCUUUCGGUGAUGCCGAAUACUUGGCGGCGUUCAGAAGUGUUGUUAUGCCGAUAGCCAGAGAAUUCGAUCCCGAUAUUGUCCUCGUUUCUUCUGGAUUCGAUCUUACCGAAGGACAUCCCGACCCAUUGGGCGGUUAUAGAGUAUCUCCUGCUUGUUUCGGUUACAUGACCCGUCAAUUGAUGACGUUGGCUCGGGGGCGGAUUGUUUUGGCGCUCGAAGGCGGUUAUGAUCUACCGUCGAUAUGUGAUUCCGCUGAAGAAUGCGUCAGGGUUUUAUUGGGGGAUCAACCGUCUCCGAUCAGCGCUUUGGAAUUAUCGCGUAUACCUUGCCAUAACGCCAUUUUGACCAUACAAAAGGUUAUCGCAGUGCACAGUGGCCGUUGGUCCUGUUUACAAGAAGCUGCGAAAAGCGCCAUGUGCUCAUUCAACGACGCCAUCCGCAGCGAAAAGGAAGACAAAGAUACGGUUAACGCAAUGGCGAGUCUCUCCAUGCAGCAUCCCGUAACCAACAUGGUAAUAUCCCCCAUCGGAUACUUACCCACCAGCAGUCCUCAGAACAUCAUACGUCCCAGUGCAUGAAGCAAACGGUGUUGAAAUACCGAUUUUUUUUUUUAUUUGCGAAUUUUCGCAAUGCUGGACGAACUGUUUUGUUGUAUACGGGACGUCUCACGUAUUUCGAUAAGUUUUUAAUGAAACAACAGUAUUUAACGAUGAUUUUUUUUUUAGGAAAAAUUAGUUUAUAAGACUUGGAGUACCUGUAACAGAUUUCUCGAUUGCUCAAUUGGUAAAACGAAAAAAAAAAAAACAUCUAGAUGAGCUCAACAACUGCGCGCAAUAUUUAGAAUACGGUGAGACGUUCUGUAAUUUAGGGCGUUCGAUGUUUACUAAGUGUGAGAAGUGGGUGCAAUGAAUUUCAGUUUAUUUUGAAAAUCCUUAGGAAAAUUGUUAUAAAAAGCGGGGGAUGUUGAUGUUUUAAACGAGAAAACACAAAAAAAAUUGGUGUUUUACAAUAAUUAUUAUGAAAUGUCGAACUGUUUGACAUUUUGGACGUCACCGGGCAAAAAUUUAAUUCCACUGGGCCUAAAAUUCAUAAAAACGAAGAUUUCGACAAGUACAAUUCUUCCUUGGGUAUAUGAACUAUUCCAAUAGUUCAAAUGUAAAAAAGAAAAGAAUAUGUAUUAUUAGGUAUAUUAGGUACCUAUUGUUUUGCAGUAGUUCAAAUGUAACAAAGAAAAUGUGUGUUUGACAUGCUUAGGUACCUAUUGUUUUGCAGUAGUUCAAAUGUAUCACAGAUAUCUAAACAUUGAGGCACGUCAAUUUUUUUUAUUUAGUACAAUCAGCAAUCAUAAUUUUGAGCUAAUCUGAUGACCUGGGGGCUGCUGCCCCGCAUUGUCAGCAUUGGAUGAAUUCUCUGAACGAUAGACAUCUACCUUUCCAUGAAAUCAGCCGGCCACUUUUUCCGUAGUCUUCUAGUGCUGUUUGGUACAAGUAGAGGUUCUGAUGGGUGAUUUUGAUGACAUAUUUAACAUAAUCUUGAUGCAGAGUUUGCUCAACACAUACCAGAUUAAGUAGAAUUUUUGACCGGCUUCUUCGUAUCUUGUGCAUACCCAUAUUUCUAUCCCAUCUACCCAUUUUUUUUAACCAUUGUUGGAUUUGGUCUGGUUUAUUCUAAUCCCAAACCAAUACCAUGGAAAAUUGAUGUUACAGGAAAUUUUUCUGAAAGUUUGUUUGAAAUACCGAAGUUAUUCAAUGGAAGGAUUUCCUUGAUUUUGUAGGGGAUGACUAGAUGCCAAACUUUAUCAAAAGCUCGAUCCAUAUCUAAGAAUACAAUACAGUUAUUGUUCAAUUGCCUCAUUGAUGGCGAGUAGUUCAAAUGUAACACAUUUUCUCCUGAUUUGUUUUUAUAGAUAAUAAUUUUAAUUUAGAAAUGUGACAUUUGAACUACUUUGCAUGAUAAUGAAAGAACAAAGAAUACGGAAGAAAGAUGAAGUAGAUCUUGAAAAAAAAAACAAGAGAGAAGAAGCUGCACAGAAGAAAAAUCAAUAUUGCAAAUGAAAAAUGAAUUUAACAAAAUACUUCAACUUUAAAAAAAUCUCACACCCGAAAAGGUGGAAAGGCAUCAGGAUUAAGCUAAUCUAGAAAUGUGACAUUUGAACUACUCGUUUUAAAGAAUUUCCUAUUGUAAAUACGACUUAGUUGUUAAAAUGGAAAUUAUCGCACCUAUAAUCCAAUUGAUGGAGAGAAAAAUUCGAUCCUUUAUGAGAAUGGAAAAAGAACAAAGAAUACGGAGGAUAUAUGAAGCAUUAACUUGGAAAAACAAAAAAGAAGAAGCUGGACAGAAGAAAAAUAAAGACUGCAAAUGAAAAAUGAUAAAUAAAACAAGACGCGUGAUCAAAAAGAGUGGAAACCGCUAUGGAAAAAGGAGCCAACAAAAUGCUUGAACUACAAUAAAUUUUACACCCGAAAAGGUGGAAAGGCAUCAGGAUUAAGCUAUGUGACAUUUGGACUACUAAUUUUGAGGAAAGUUUCGCUGUAACUAUUAUUGAGUUGUAAUGGAAAUGAAAACACCUAUCUACCUCUUAAUGGACGAAAACUGUGGAGAGUAUUAUGUAGAAAGGUUUGGUUCGGAAGAAGAAUAAAUAAUACGGAAGAUACAUGAAGCAAGAACGUAUAAAAACAAAAAAAAAAUGAUAAAUAAAACAAAAGACACGUUAUGGAAAAGAAUGGAAACAGCUGUGGAAAAGGUAGCCAACAAAAUAGAGGUCAAUAGAAAUGUGACAUUUGAACUACUCGUUGUCACAUCUAAAGGAUAAAAACAGUGGAGAGUUUCAUUUUUAGAGUAAAAAACUUGGUUGGAAAGAGGAAUUGGGAAUUGCCCGGUGGCUCAGUUCGGCCGUUGUUCAAUUAUAAAGAUGAAGAUACUUUUUUAAGAAAAAAAUAAAUUGUUGGAAUAUAUUGUUGUAGAUUAAAUUGCAGUAAAUGAAAAUUCAGACUCAAUUAGUUGUAAAAUCGGUUGCAGGAUGGUAUUUAAUAUUUCUCCAAUCAUUUGAGUCGAAAAGUAGAAUAUUUACAAGGAAAAUGCGUUUAAUUCGUCAAAUUAUGACAUAGAAUAUUUUUUAAUUAAUAAUUUUUGAUAAUACAACGAAAAAAAUAUUUUUUCACCUUUAAUAACUAUUUUUUUAUCUUCCAAUCCAUUAAUUUUGAUUUAGAGGUUACAAAUUUUAUCAAAAAAUCCGUAGUAUAAAAACGAAUGUCAACAGAGUCAAAAUCCCUUUUUAUAUUGCAUAUUUGAAAUUAUAAUGAUUAAUUGUAACAUUUUUUCUUUGGAUCCAAAUUUAUUUUCUUUUGUUAUUUUCCUUGGAUGAUUUUCUAAUAAAUUUUCCCUAUCCUAAUUAAUUACGAAGUGAUUACAUAUAAUUUUGUUAAUAUUUUGUGCCAUCCUGUAACUGAAUAUUAACUUUUUAUACAGGGCCAACAACCCCUAGUGUACAUUGAUGUUAAAAUAUCCUUUUUUAAAACUUUUAAAAAAAAUUGGAGGAUUUUGGAAGCACUUGACAUUUUCAUUAACGCAUAUAUCAUACAACACGCACAGUUUUUUUAAUGCUAAUGUAUAUUGUCGAUUAAAAAUACCUGCUGUUGUUUUAAUGCCCUUUACAACAUUUAAUUUUGAAAAAUGAUGAAAAAAACUGAAUUCUGACAAUAUUUUGAAAAAUUAAUAGAUGGCAUUAACAUUUCGAAAUUAUUUUGGACACGUAGUCACCAAGACUGUUCUGAAAGUCAAAUAUCGGUCCCUUUAUUCGAUCAUCGCUGGUGGUAUAUCACAUAUUGGCCUCUAAGGUCUCAAUUGUUGCUGGAAGAAGUCCAUGAGUUGUUGGGUGUUGAAAUUACCAUCAUUUUGUUAAUACCAUAUCUCACCCGAAUCAAUAUAACUCAUAUUUUCAACUGAAAAAGCAUCGAUUAUGGUGUGAUAACAAUUUCCAUAAACUGUAACACAACCCCCUUAUUCAUUUUUAAAGAAAUAAUUGCAAUGGUGCGUAUAAACCGCACUAAAAUGUGGAUUUUUCUGAAAUUUUGUGGUUAUUUGAGACAAUAAGUGAAAAUUAAUUCGUUUGUACCACCAUUUGGAAGAAUAUCAAGUAACAUUAAUGUCCCAUUAUGCCAUCACCACUUAAACCACACUAAACGCUGCAUUUUUCUUAAAUUUGCUGGUAAACUGAGACAAUAACUAAAAGUAGUUCAUUUAUAUCACUAUUUGGAAGGAUGUCUGGUAACAAUAAUGUCCCAUGAUGCCAUCAGCUUAUAAGCCACACUAAACGGGUAUUUUUCUGCAAGUUGGUGGUAAACAGACAAUACGUGAAAAGUAGUUCAUUUGUACCACAAAUUGGAAGGAGAUCUUGUGACAACAAUGUCCAAUGAUGCCAUCAGCGUAUAAACCACACUAAACAGAACGUUUUUCUUCAAUUUGCUGGUAAACUGAGACAAUAUGCGAAAAGUAGUUCAUUUGUACCACUAUUUGGAAGGACGUCCAGCAACAAUAAUGUCCCAUGAGACCAUCGGGUAUUUUUCUGCAAGUUGGUGGUAAACUGAGACAAUAUGCGAAAAGUAGUUCAUUUGUAUCUCUAUUUGGAAAAAGAUCUUUUGGCAAUAAUGUCCCAUGCUACCAUCAUCACUUAAACCACACUAAACGGUGCAUUUUUCUUAAAUUUGCUGGUAAACAGAAUACGCGAAAGUAGUUCAUUUGUACCAUUUGGAUAUCUGAUAAUAAUGAUGACCAAUGAUGCCACCAUUAUGUAACCCACCCCAAAUGAUGGGAUUUUCUGGAAAUAAUGUCAAUUUAAAAACAUAAUCUUCAGGAAACCAUUUAUUUCUUCAUUUUAGAUUUUUGCGGAAGGUAUGACAUGAAAUAUCCUGAAAAUUAUGCGUGUUGUAAUCAAACAUAUACUAGAAAGUGCAAUAGAUUUUUUCACCUCCUACUUUUUCACUAAACACGUUUUUUUAAGAAAAAAAAAAAAAGUGGAACAUUCCUGCAGUCACUAAAAGUGGCCGCCUUUUAUUAUAUAAGAUCAAAUUUAUCGUGUGUUUUAUUUUUGUUAAUAUAUUGAACGUUUUUAAUAAAAUCAUUUAUUUACUUUUAAAAA